UUCUAGCGUUCCCGGCCCUGGUCGGGCCCCGCCUCCCGGGAGGAGGCGGGCGUGGGGUAGUCCGCGGGCGGGGCGGAGGGUUGGAGCUGCAGUGGUGCGCGGGGAGAGAAGCGGCCGCACGCGGGACGCCCGGGGCGCCGGGAGACAGCGCUGGGAGCAGGCAGCCAGGAUGUUUCUGGAGCCCCAGGAAACUAUGCCCCAGACGUCCGUGGUCUUCUCCAGCAUCCUCGGGCCCAGCUGUAGUGGACAGGUGCAGCCCGGCAUGGGGGAGCGAGGAGGUGGGGUCAGCAGCUCCGGGGACCUCGUCUUCCAAGACGGACGUCUCAUCUCCGGGUCCCUGGAGGCCCUGAUGGAGCACUUGGUCCCCACAGUGGACUAUUACCCCGAUAGGACGUACAUCUUCACGUUUCUCUUGAGCUCCCGGGUCUUCAUCCCCCCUCAUGACCUGCUGGCCCGCGUGGGGCAGAUCUGCCUGGAGCAGAGGCAGCAGCUGGAGGCCGGAUCUGAUAAGGCCAGGCUGAAGUCCUUCUCAGCCAAGAUCGUGCAGCUACUGAAGGAGUGGACAGAGGCCUUCCCCUACGACUUCCAGGACGAGAAGGCCAUGGCCGAACUGAAAGCCAUCACCCACCGGGUCACACAGUGUGACGAGGAGAAUGGCACGGUGAAGAAGGCCAUCGCCCAAAUGACGCAGAGCCUGCUGCUGUCCCUGGCUGCCCGGAGCCAGCUUCAGGAGCUGCGUGAGAAGCUCCGCUCACCGGCCAUGGACAAAGGGCCCAUCCUCAAGGCCAAGCCGCCAGCCGCGCAGAAGGACAUCCUGGGCGUGUGCUGUGACCCCCUGGUGUUGGCCCAGCAGCUGACUCACAUCGAGCUGGAGAGGGUCAGCAGCAUCCACCCUGAGGACCUGAUGCAGAUCGUCAGCCACAUGGACUCUCGGGACAAGCAUAGGUGCCGAGGAGACCUGAUUAAGACCUACAGCCUGGAGGCCUACGACAACUGGUUCAACUGCCUCAGCAUGCUGGUGGCCACCGAGGUGUGCCGGGUGGUGAAGAAGAAGCAUCGGACUCGCAUGCUGGAGUUCUUCAUCGAUGUGGCCCGAGAGUGCUUCAACAUCGGGAACUUCAACUCCAUGAUGGCCAUCAUCUCUGGCAUGAACCUCAGUCCUGUGGCAAGGCUGAAGAAAACCUGGUCCAAAGUCAAGACGGCCAAGUUCGACGUCUUAGAGCACCACAUGGACCCAUCCAGCAACUUCUGCAACUACCGCACAGCCCUGCAGGGGGCCACACAGAGAUCCCAGAUGGCCAAUAGCAGCCGGGAGAAGAUCGUCAUCCCUGUGUUCAACCUCUUCGUUAAGGACAUCUACUUCCUGCACAAAAUCCACACCAACCACCUGCCCAAUGGACACAUUAACUUCAAGAAAUUUUGGGACAUCUCCAGACAGAUCCAUGAGUUCAUGACAUGGACACAGGUAGAGUGUCCCUUCGAGAAGGACAAGAAGAUUCAGAGUUACCUGCUGACGGCUCCCAUCUACAGCGAGGAAGCUCUCUUCAUCGCCUCCUUCGAAAGUGAAGGUCCCGAGAACCACAUGGAAAAGGACAGCUGGAAGACCCUCAGGACCACUCUCCUUAACAGAGCCUGAAGGCACGGAUGCAGCCUGCAGACGCUGGGAUUAAGCACACCUACGUACUGAGUUUUAAUCUUGAGUGAUAAUGGGCUGAGAUGAGGCCUCACUGGUUGGGGUCCAUUUUGUACAUAACUUUUAUGAAAAAAAAGAAGUAAUUAUUUCAUGCAUCAACCUUUGGCACUUCAAGCUUUUUGUUUAUGACAGGGCAGGGCCCUGCUUUGGGGAGGGGUGGGGAAAGCGUAUCAUGGGAGAUGGCAUCCAUGAUAACAUCUUAUUCUAAUGAAAUGUAGAUUUUUAUUUUCUACUUUUGAUUAUUAACAAACAUCUUACAAAAAAAUACUUAAAAAAAACCCAACCAAAACCAACGUGAGCCCUGCCUCCUUUCCAGCCAGUGUGUCUGAUGUCGGGGUGAGUGCCUUAGAGGGUUCUGGCAGGCCCGCUCUCGCCUGCAGCCAGUGCCGCUGGAGGCACCGGGGAAGCUCUGCCCUCAAAGCGCAGGCCCACAAGGUUCUGGCAAGAAGGGCUCGGGUGGCCCGGAGGUCUCAUUUGCGUACUUCCAGAAGUGAACCUUGAAUACGGGCUUUCCAAAGUUUACAUUUUCAUUUUCCUUUAUCAGGGAUUUAUGGGGGUUGGGGGGAGGGCAGGGGGACACCUGGCAGCAUAUUUUCUGUUGGAAGAUGUCUGGCAAAUUGUUCUUCACCUACAUUUUAGGAAAAGAGAAAAUCUAAAAUAACGUAAGGAGGGAGUCAUGGAAUUGUCCGUUUUCCAGGCUGUAACUUUGACACACUUACUUAGCUGUAAUGAAGCGAAUACAAAGUACAAUUAAGGAUGGGGACGUAUAAAGCCAUCUUGAAACUCAAGUACAAAGUCAAAAGAAGCAACUUACAAAUCAGUAUCCUCCUUCCCUCUGGGUGGGGGAUUGGGCUCCCCUAACGGACUGUGAAACAUGGAAGGUUAGCCAGGCCAGUACCUGCUGGAGCCCACUCACAUAAAGCUGCCCAACAUUUGGAGGUAUUUUCCACACCCGAACUCGAGGAGUACUCUCCAUUUUCUGACUUCCCGGCCAUGAGACAGUGACAGCCCUGCUCCCUCCAAGGCCAGAAAUGGGCAAUCCAUGCUAACUGUAUCUCCCUCAUGGCGGGGCUGUCAUUCCAUCCAAGCAGAUUUGGAACUACUCACCCUGUUUCUCUCCACAUGGCUGGCUUCCGCCGGAGCCUCCAGCUGGCAGGCCUGGGUAAGGACAGUUAGUUGCUAAUUCCCAAAACUCCUAGGAGAGCCUGGAGAUGUGAAGGCGAGGCCUCAGGGGGAGGUGGCUCCAUGAUCCGCUGCUGAUGUCGCCCUCAGCCCAGGGUGGAGCAAGGAUAUUUACACUGUAUUGUCACAGUGUUUUUGCACUUUCCAGACGUUCUAGAUAGUACAUAUUGUAUAUUGACAGUACAUAUUGCUUUGUUUAUGUAUUUGAGAUAAAGAAAGGUUUAAAACUUGAGAAUAUAUAUUUGGAAUACAAUGUUAGAACCUUUUCUGUCCAUGUGUUAAGGAGCUUUCACAUCAGUGUGCGCUUCACUUGGUCAUCAGUUCUAGUACCGACCUGACACAGUGCUACAUUUGCUACUUUAUUUUCCCAAUUUGACACAUACCCUAUGAUGUUUUGAUAUUUCGAGAUGAACUCUGCGUAUAAAGCUGUACUUUAUAAUAAUAAAGGAUGUCAACUGUUGGUGUGACUGGACGUACUUGCAUCAAUAAAAGAACAUGUUGCUCCCCUCGUG